AUUCGUCCGCAGUGACCUCCGCACCAUCCUUCCUCCCCUUUAAUUUGCAUUGGCCGACUGGAAAUCUAUCCUGCGAGUCGCAUCACGACGAGUUUCGCAUUGCUCCAGGCGGCCUCAUCUUCUCCUAUUCCUCCGGCUGUUUUAUUUUAUUUGUAUAUCUAAAUUAGAAAAUGGCGUUGCUAACACCACUCCUCGCAUUCCUCUACCACUUGCCGCAGGUGUACAAGUGGCUGCUAAAGCCAUACUAUGUCGCGUCUCUGUUCAUGUCAAUCGGGUUUCUCAUGAUCCGCAAGACGCCAGGCAUCUGCGAACAUCUUUCGACACAACGAGAGGAUGGCAAUCCCUGCGACUUUGACUGGAGAGAAGUGGAGAUUCUUAUGUUCCUCAGUGCCAUCGUCAUGAUGAAAAACAGAAGAGCUAUAACGGUGGAACAGCAUGUGGGGAACAUCAUUCUGUUCAGUAAGGUGGCCAACGUUAUCCUCUUCUUCAGACUGGACAUCCGCAUGGGCCUGCUCUACCUCACCCUCUGCAUCGUGUUCCUGAUGACCUGUAAGCCUCCUCUCUACAUGGGCCCAGAGUACAUCAAGUACUUCAGUGACAAGACCAUAGACGACGAGUUGGAGAGGGACAAUAGAGUGACGUGGAUCGUCGAGUUCUUCGCGAACUGGUCCCCAGAGUGUCAGUCCUUUGCCGCCGUCUACGCAGACCUCUCCCUCAAGUAUAACUGCGCUGGGCUCAAGUUUGGGAAGGUGGAUAUCGGGCGGUAUGGAGACGUGUCUAAGAAGUACAAGGUGAGUACCUCUCCCCUCUCCAAGCAGCUGCCCUCGCUGGUGCUGUUCCAGGGGGGCAAGGAGGUGAUGAGACGCCCCCAGGUGGACAAGAAGUGUAGGGCCGUGUCCUGGAGCUUCACUGAGGAGAACAUCAUCCGGGAGUUCAACCUGAACGAGCUCUACCAGAAGUCCAAGAAACUCAACAAGUCCAAGGGAGACCGGGGCGACAAGAUCAACGAAUCCCAGUUCCCGCCCGUGCCCGAAGAGGAGGAGCCCGAGGUCGACGCCCAGGAGGAGGAGACGGAGACCAAGAAGGACAAAUAGAAUUGUCGGGGGUAGCGGCCUCUGAAGAACGGCGUGGCGUCUCAAUGGGACUAGGUGGCGUUAUGCUGAUGCCGGAGGGGGUGUGCUGUUCGAUCGAGGGAACAAACAUGAUUGUUAUGAGUCCUUUUUAUUGUUUUGCUAUAUACUGUAUGCAACAAGAUUUGAGUUGCAAAAUAAUUGUAUUAUGAUGAUUAACUCAAUAUUAACUCAUGUAAAUCUACACUGUACGGUUCGAUUUUUACGUCUCUCCAUCGCACCUAUGACAGUUCUGUUGAUCUUUCCACCAGUUCCCUGGAGGACCUCUAUGCUCAUCAUUGGGUGCAUCCCAAAUGGCAUUCUAUUAUCUAAUACAGUGCAAUACUACAAAGUAGUGCACUAAUAUAGGGAGAAGAGUGUACUUUAUGACUUAAACAAUUUGAGUGCAUUUGAUUUGGGCUUAAUCUUGGCACACUACAACGAUGCACUCCGUUCAUAGUGUUUCACUCGAUUUAGAACUUUGUCCCAUUUGGGAUAUGAGUGGAUUUACUCUGUCCAGUCCAUGCUUGGUGCGGCCAAAUUGCAUGCACCCGUUGAACGGAAGUUACUUUGGCUUUUGUCGGAAAUGGCAACCGAUUCCCUUUUAUAGUGCACUAGUCAAAAGUAGGGAUAUGGUGCCAUUGAGCUGGCAAUGUUUCAUAUUGGACCAACGCGCGCCAGGCAUUGGCUCAAAUGUCUCCUUCGUUAGCCAAUUGCUGUCAAAGGCUCUUUGCUGCAUGUCUACUUUAUUGGCUAAGCCAUGGUCAGACAUUUCAAGCCAUCUACCUACCUCCAACUGGGUCCAUAAUGAUAAGGUAGGGGGGGAUGUGUGUAUAUAUGAACCACGGCCUCUGUCCCAAAAUGCUGUCUUUGAGAGGGAAUUUAGAAAAAAAUAUUAGCAAGUGUUUUUGUUUGUUUUCCUUCCAUAAUAGUGGUUUGUGAGUUCUUUUGUCACCUAAUCAUAGUUUUCGGUUCAAGGUGAUGCUGAAGGGAAAGAUGAGGAUGGAGAGCGUUUGGCUAUUAAUGCGAAUUCCAUGUGUGAACUUGAUCCUGUGUUUAUUUUGUUGUCCUGGCAAUAGGUAGAAUUACAUUUUUACUUUCAAAAGCUCCCAUUUCAGGGCUGACUUCUGUCUAAACACUGUCUUUUUUUUAACCCAGUUGUCAUUUUGUGAAUUGUUGACUAAACACAUUUUUACACCAGUGCAGAGAGAAUUGUGUAAAUUGAGGUGAAGUAGCAGAACAUUUGACCCGUUUGACAUUCCCUUGGUUACUGUAGAAUCCUGCUGUCUCAACGUUGCGUUCAGAAUGUGUCGAUUGAUUCUGUGUGUGUGAAUCUGCCUCCUGCUUGAUAUGAAACCCCUAGGGGCGUCUGACUUUUUUUUAAUGCAAUAAAAGUGUACAUUAUUAAA